AUGGAAAAUCAGCCACAAAUAGACUUCGAAGCAAUCACAUCACAAGAUUUGCAAAACAUCUUAAGCCAGCUCUUCUUGCCAAACACUGAGUAGGUUAAAUAGGCUACUGCAAUCUUAAAAGAAUACUUCAAGAAGAUAAAGGCAUUAGAGAAUUUGCUCAUUUUGAUGUCUUAAAGUCCAGAGUAAAAUAUCAGACAGGUUGCUUGUAUAUACUUGAGAAAGAUCAUUGGAAACCUCUGGAUGAACUUAUAGAAGGAUUAUUAAGACAAGACUAAGAUUCUCUUGCUUCAGAGAUUCGUAGAAGAGCCAGUGCCACUUAUUAAGAAAAAUAUCGCAGAUGUUAUUGGUUCAUUAGGUAAAAUACUCAUACCAAAUAAGGAGUGGAAUGAACUCUUCCAGUUCUUCUUCCAGUACAGUAGUUCAGAGAAGUUGAUUGAUAAGGAAUUAGCUAUGAUCCUUCUCUCUGUUAUCAUCGAGUACUUCUCAGUUGACGAGAUUAAGGCAUAUUACGAUAACUUGAACAAGAUUAUUGAAGGCCAUUUGCAAUCAGGAGUUGUCUCUCUCUAAACUCUUGCCAUUGAGACAGUAAACAAAAUCGCUCAGACCCCAAAGGCAAUUAAGAUCUUGAAAAAGUACAAGAACCUAAUUCCCUUAGUUAUGGCUGCUCUUUAACUCGACCAAGAAGAUAUGAUUCAAAGAGUUUUUGAGACUCUUAACGAAUUCGUUGAGAUCAAGAAAGUUCUCGCUCCUCAUCUUGAGUUACUGAUUGAUGCUGCAUUGAAAAUUUCAAGCAAUAAUGGAUUCUCGCUUAACUUGAGGGAGAUCACUAUGCUCUUCCUAGAGCAAAUUGCUGAAAACUAUAGUAGAUAUCUUAUUAAGAAGAAUCUAGUUCACAUCAUCGAUAGAAUCAUCGAGACUGGAUUCAUCAUUGCUAGUGAGAGUGAGCAAGAUUUCGAAGGAGAGCAAGACACACCACACACCCUCUCUUUGUAUAUGAUCGUCAACUUUGCUACUGAAGUUCCAAACACUGUAGUCUACCCAAUCUUGAUGAAGUAUGUAGAGAAAUUCGGUACAUCGCCAAAAGAACUAGAAAGAAAAGCUGCUAUCAAAGUACUUGGAUAUGUUUGCGAUUCAACUUGCUUAGAUAUGAUUAAGGAGGAUAUGGAUAAGAUUACCAUUUUCAUCGUGUCUAAAUUGCAAGAUCAAAGUUUCAUUGUUAGAGAAGCAACUGCUGAGACUGUUGGUAAAUUCUCUGAGUACGUAGUCCCAGAUUUCCUUGAUAUGCACGAGAAAGUAGUGCCAUCACUUCUUAAGGUCCUACAAGAACUUACCCCUGCCAACGACCUUACUAUUCAAAAGAGUCUUUUCGCUCUCCAUGAGUUCACCAACAAUCUCUAAGAUGAUGUCAAGAACUAUCUUCAAAUCUUGAUCCCACUUCUUCUCAGUUAUAUUUAAAAUCACCAAUUCUCUAGAGAUGUCAGAUACUGGGCCCUCACUGCUCUUGGAUCUAUUGAGAGCUCUGCUUAGAAGAGAAUUCUACCAUAUCAAGAACAAAUCUUGAAAGCACUUUAUGAUACUAUUGUAAAUGAGUCUUUAGGCUCCUCAGAAUAACUUGUCAGAGGACAAGCAUUGAUGUGCGCUGGUUAGUUAGCUGCUGCAGUUGGUAAAGAUAAAUUCCCCACUGACUGCAUUGAAGCAUUCACUAAGUAUGGUCUCUAAUUCUUGACUGAGCAAAACAAGUAUGAAUUAAGAGAAACUGCUAUCUCUUACUUCGCUGAGAUUUCUAGAAUUCUCAGAAACGAUAUGGCUCCAAUUCUUGACUAGGUCUUAAAUGAAAUCCUUAACUCAUGCAAAUCAAAUGCUGGUGUCAAAGAAGAGAUCCAACAAAAACCAAAGGAAGCCUUCUCACUAGAUUCAGACAGUGAAGAUGAAGCUGACUUGGUUGGAAUGGACGUUGAUGUUAACUUUAUAGAUGAAAAAUCAGCAGCAGUCCAUGCUCUUGGAAAUAUAGCUCUUCAUUGCUGUGGUCUCUUAUUGCCAAGAAUGCAAGAAAUCUUGGACGUACUCAGUGAAAUCUCAUUCUAUUUCCAUGAAAACAUCAGAUAUCACGUGUGCCAGACAUAUCUUUAAAUUGCUAUUGGACUUCUAAGACACCUUAUUAACAUAGAUGCUAAGUUCUAAUGGAAGAAGGGACUUCCAGUAUAGAUCCCACUCCCAGAUAAAGUUCAAGAGUUUAUUGAUUAAAUUAUCUUCCCCCACUAUUACAAAAUCUUUGAGGAUGAGGCUAACAAAGAAGUCAUUGAAAAGACUCUUGAGUGCAUCAGAGAGAUGUGCGAGGAGUUAGGACCAGGUAGUGUUGUUAACCAACUUGACAAUCUACACAAUAUGAUUCUAUUAUUGCUAGAUAAGCAAGCCUUCUGCCAAACAAAGGCAAAAGACUUCAAGGGUGAAGUUGAAGAAGAUGACGGUGAUGAGUUCUAAGAUGAUGAUCAAGAUGAGGAAGAAGAUGAUGAAGAUGAUGAAGAUCUAGAUCAUGAUGAGAUCAUUCUUGGAAAUACCACCGAUGUCAUUAUUUCUCUUGCUAAAGCUCUCGGAGAUCAAUACAUGACAUUUAUGGCCAAGAUUGGGCCAAGCCUUGUUAAAUAUCUCGAUGACUCUCAUCCUACCAGUGAUAGAGUUAUGGUGAUUGGAUGUCUUACUGAGAGCUUUAAUAAUUGCCCAGCUGCAAUCCCAAUCUAUUACAAUGAUUUCUUACAAAUUGUACUUAAGAAUUCAAACACUGAUCAUUCAGGCUUAAACAGAAACUGCGCCUACGCCAUCGGUAUUUUAGCUGAGAAAUCAGGAAUUCUUCUUUAAUAAAAUCUCACUCAAGUCCUAGCUGUGCUAAACAACCUCUUCAAUCAGAGUGAAGAGCAAGAUGCCAAGGAUAAUGUUAUCGCUGCCACUUGCAGAGUUGCCUAAAACUAUUCAUAACUCGUACCUUUCGAUUAACUCCUUGACUUCAUACUCAAGAACAUUCCUUUGACAGGGGAUUUGAAUGAAAACGAGACUGCUCUUAAAUUCGCUUUCAACAUCUUUUCAUUAAACGAGAAAUGUGAUGAGAUUUCAGAUCACUUCAAACAAGAGGUCGGAAAAUUCAUUAAAAAUGUUAUCAUGACUAACAAUCUAGCUCUUCUUCAAGAAUUAGAAUCAAAGAUGAGUGCAGAGGAGAAAUAAGAUUUAGCAAAAUACUUAUUAUGA